AUGCAGGACGACUACGGCGGCUCGUGGGAAGCGGCGCUGGCCUCUCGCUCCCGCGCGCCGAGCGUGUCGAUGAACACGUUUGUGAACGACCAGAUCCUCGUGUACACGGCGCGCAUGUUGGCGGCGACGUCUGGCGGCAGAGUCUACAACUCGUCCGACGUGCAUAGGACGCUCGUCGCGCCGUCGCCCAGCAUCGAUCUCAAGAAGGCCGCGAGCCGCAUCGUCCACGCGCUCAAGCGCCACCCCGCGGUCGUGCCGGCUGGCGCGGUUGGCGGCCAUUGGUGCUGCAAGGCCGCGCCCAAGGCCCGCAGUAGUACUACCUCCAGCGUCGCGAGCCAGCCCUUGUCCUCGGUCACGUCGGUCGUUGUCCAGAAAUGCGUCGCGCAGUACGAAGAGCAGUUCAAGCCCGCGGUGCUGGAUAUCACGGGCGCGGGCGGCUACGUCAACGAGGACAGCAUUCGGUCGCAGGUCCAAGCGAUGGCGCCGCUUGCGCCGGCCGACGCGGUCGUCGACGCCAUUCUCGUCGCGCUGGGCCGCGAUCCGCGUCUCCAGCAGCAAGUGAUUGCUGGCAAGGUCACAAUCGUCGCGUCGCCGCGCGUGGAGGAGCCCGAGGAGCUUCCCGCCGACGCGGCCAUGGCGGCGCAGUUGAGUGCACUUCUCUUGCCACAAGUACUCGCCAGCGUCCUCGACGACAAGCCGUUCUACGUCUCGAGGCUCCGAACCGUGCUCUCGCCGAUGGCGUCGGGUGCGACCCACACCGAUGCGCUCGUGGUGGCUGUCGUCAACGUUCUCCGGCGCGACGCGCGGCUCCAAUACGUCGACUCGCUCCCUGGUACCGAGCCUUUCUUUACCAAGCCAAUGGCAUCGAUCCCGGCGCCGCGACUGCCAAUGGCUUCGACGCCGCCACGGGUCACUCCGGGAGCGCCCCGGUCUGCCACGCCCAAUAAUACGUCUGGCUUGACCGACGCCAACCUCGCAACCGCGAUCGAGGCGUACGCGCAGGCGAUGGAACGCUGGCUGCAGACCCACGACGAGGGAUGCGGCCACGCCGUCGUCUACUCGUGGAAGCUCCAACUACCGUUUGUGCUGCCGCGCGCCGUGGUCAAGAGCCACGUCAUGCCAGCCCUUGUACAAGAUCCACGCUUUCGCCACCGCCCGAGCUUCCUCUCCAACGUGUGCUUUGGUCGGCGCAGCUCGUCGGGCGAUGCGACCGCCAGUGUCCACAACAUUGUCGACCAAGUGGCGCCCUAUUACCUCACGGCGAUGCUCUCGACGACGAAGAAGGGCAAGGCGUUCACAGAAGCCGACAUUCUCGGACAGCUCCGUGUUCCGUCGCACGUGAGCACGAAGGCGGUCGUCGCGGGCAUCGUCGAUACGCUCAAGCUCCAUCCGGACGUCACGAGCUCGGUUGUCGGCGGCCGCGUCUCGUUCCAGGCGCUGCGCCAGCCAAAAACCCCAGCUCCGACGGACAUGGCCUUGGAGCCUUACGUCGCUGCGCACGCGUCCGAGUACGUCGAUGCGAUCCUCGAGUGGGUCGCCUCGGACAAUGCGUUUUACACGUCGUACAUUCGCGGGCAAGUGCGCCCGACGCUUCCGGACGACGUGGAUUUGGACGCUGUCGUUGCUGCAAUCGUGCAGUCGCUCCGCCGCCACCCGCAACUGACCUACUCGGACGCCGACCCGACGCGUCCGUGCUUUGUCCGCGCAGGCGGCACACCCCCAGCGAUGCCAUCGCCCAAGGCCAACGACACGUGGAAGAGCCCGUCGUCGGCCACGUCGUUCCGUACGACCUUUUUUCUCGACAACCGCGCCGGCCUCGAGCGCCAACUGCACCGCAUCUCGGCCAUUCGCAACCGCCAAGACAAUAUCAUCGCGCUCACGAUCCGCGUCGGCCGGUACAUUGAGGGCAACGCGGGCUUGAUCGCGGAUCUUCUGGCGAUGGAAGACAAGAACAUUCUCUUCCUCGGCGAACCUGGCUGCGGCAAAACCACGAUUGUCCGCGAAGUCUCUCGGCAGCUCGCGACCAAGUACAACGUCUGCAUCGUCGACACGAGCAACGAGAUUGCAGGCGACGGCGACAUUCCGCAUCCAUGCGUGGGCCUGGCGCGGCGCAUGAUGGUGCCAUCGCUCAACGACCAAGCCGCAGUCAUGGUCGAGUGCGUCCAGAACCACACGCCCGAGGUCAUGGUCAUCGACGAGAUUGGCCGACCGAACGAAGUCGAGGCUGCGCGCACGUGCAAGCAGCGCGGUGUGCGCAUCGUGGCCUCGGCGCACGGCGACCUGCGCAAGCUGCUCAAGAACAAGCCGCUGCGAGGGCUUGUGGGCGGCGUCGAGUCGGUGACGGUCGGCGACGCACUGGCCAAGGAAAAGCAAAAGAAGGACGACAAUGGGCCGCUGCGAAAGCUGUUGGCGCAGCGCGGUGGCGAGCCGAUCUUUGAGGUGAUUGUGGAGCUGCGUCGCGGGCAGUACAACGCGUGGCGCAUCGUGACGGACGCCGCGUCGGCGGUCGAUGCCAUCUUGGCCGGCGAGGCGUACGAGGCGCAAGUGCGGACGCGUGCUCUGUACGGCGGCGUGGGCUUUGGAUACGGUGUAAUGAAUGAUGCGUUCUUUUGA